UUUAUAUAUAUAUAUAUAUAUGUUCGUUUGAGGCGAAACUACCGAGAUCGAUCGAGAGGAGAAGGAUACAUACAACCAGGGACGAUUUUCAAACGUCGAACGAUCGAAAGCAUCGGUCUUCGAGUUAGGCUCUUGCCGAGCUUAAAUGGCGACGAUGGGUGUUAUCGUAUACAUACCACGCAUGUACACCAUGCGCAUGCUAGAUAAUGGUAAUAACAACGCGUCGGGUCCAACGGGAGCAGCGGCCUUGUCAGGAGUUCAGACAGCUGGUGGUACGACCUCUUCGGCAACAGGCGUUACGACACUUCCGGGUGUAACAGACGAAAGGAUGGAUGCGUCGAGCGAUAGCGCUGUCAGCAGCAUGGGCAGCGAGCGUGUACCAUCCCUUUCGGAUGGCGAAUGGAUGGAAACUGGUUCUAAUUCCAGUCACACGCAAGCUGAUUCCCAUUAUACUAUGGAUUAUGCUAGCAAAUACCGCAUGUCGUACGACUGCAGCUAUUCCGUUUCCGGGAGGAACGCCGGUUCUCCAAGAUGCCAAACGGAACGUACUAUGCCUCCAGUUGCUCAGAAAAAGCACCAGAUGUUUGCGAAACGAUAUUUUCAGGAACAAGGAACUGGCUCUCCUCUCGGAGCAACAGCACAUCCGACCACUCCUAUGAAGUAUGACUAUGAUUCGCACACAGUUGGUGCUGGUGCACCGGGAAAUGCCUAUUCCGGUCCGAUCGAGGGUGCAGCUGGCCCUCAACCUGAAAUAAAAUAUAGUUGUAGCGUAGAUUUCACACGUCAUCAAUCAGGACGUUCAGCUGUUGAGCAUGUUCAUCAUAAUCACACGUACCAUAUGCCUGCUGAAAGUUCCGGAUCUCUGCAACGUCCAGUUUCUCGUGAUAAAAAAGUACGUAAGAGCGAGGGGGAGGAACACCUAACUAGAGAUGAGAAGAGAGCAAGAGCAUUGAACGUCCCUAUUCCGGUGAACGACAUCAUUAAUCUUCCAAUGGAUGAAUUUAACGAACGUCUCAGUAAAUACGAUCUCAGUGAAGCUCAAUUGUCUUUGAUCCGCGACAUUAGAAGACGGGGCAAGAACAAAGUUGCCGCUCAAAAUUGUCGUAAGCGUAAACUAGAUCAAAUCAUCAGUCUCGCUGACGAAGUGAAAGAGAUGAGAGAUCGCAAGAUGAGGCUUAUUCGUGAACGAGAAUUUAUGCUCAUCGAGAGGCAACGCGUAAAAGACAAAUUUAGCCAACUUUAUCGUCAUGUAUUCCAGUCCUUGCGCGAUCCUGAUGGCAAUCAGUAUCAUCCGUACGAGUAUAGCCUUCAACAAUCUGCUGAUGGAAAUGUAUUGUUAGUGCCAAGGAAUCAGACGAAUCCUCAUCAUCCACGUUCUACGGCAAUGGAACCAAAAACAAAGCCUGAUCCUGAACAUAAAGAAUGAAAUUAUCAAAAAACGUUUUGAAACUUUUUUGAUAAUGAUGAGAGAAGCUGUAUUUUCUUCCCACGAUGACCGCACUUUUGCGAAGCGAACGUAAAUGCGGUGCUGAGACGGAAAAUCACUUCUGAUUUUAAAUAUCACAAUGAAGAGAGUUCGCGUAGAAAGCUUAUUGCUCGACAUUUGAUAUAUUUCAUAAUGUUCAAAUAAAUGAAGAAUUUUUCAAAAAUUUCGCAAAGGCUCACAUUGAGUCACAUGUUUUUUUACGACUGGAAAAUAAUCACCAAACGUAAAAAAUACCUAUUGUACAUAUAGUUUUAAAUCAUAAAUAAAUCGAUAAACUCUGCGACUAGAAAAAAGUGGUAGACAAUUCAUAUAAAAGUCUAUGUUAUAUUUUUAAAUAUAAAAUUUUUAUUCGUUACUUUAAAUAACGACGAAACAUGAAUAACGAAUAAAAACAUGAAUUGAUCUUUUCAGAAAAAAGAAAGAAUUCAAAUGUCAUUUUUUUUCGUAUUAAAAUUCAAUGGAUCCCUAUGAUUCAAUUAAAAUAACUUUCUUAUAAUUCUCUUUUAUUUUAUAACACAAACGUGUUUUCAUUUUAAAUAUAUGCAUAUGUACAUAUUUUUUACGCACCGUGAUUAUAUUAUAUAUACCAUAUUUGCCUUUUUUACAAAACGCAAUUGUUCAGUUAUGAUUAUAUUACAUUUAAUAUAUAUAUAUAACUGACACAGAUAUUAACUGUCUACGAUUACGUCAAAAUGUGGCUUAUUCAAUAUCAUUUUUAUUUGUUAAAUUUCAAAAUUAAAAAAUUAUAUAAACUUGCCAAACUUCAUAAAUAUUUUAAUAGAAAUAAAAAGUCAUUGAGUUUGACACAUAAUUCGAUAGAGAGUAGAUAAAAUAUAUUUACGCGAAUAUUGCUAGCGAAAUAAAUAGUUGAUCCGUUUAUAAUUUGCAACGAUAAAAGUCAGGAAUGCCUGUCAGAAAUUAAACCUGAAUUUAAAUUGGAACAUUGAAACAAUAAUAAAGAUAUGUUAAGGAUAUCGAAUAAUGUAUAUUGUUCUAUAAACUGUUUAGUGUUCUGUACAGAAAACUGCUCCAAAAAUGUUAAAUUUCAAUCCGUUCAAAUGAAAUAUUAACAAUGAAUUGUAACAUAAAGUGAUAAAGAUAUUUAGCAAUUAAUGUGACUAUGUGGAUACUUCUAACGCAAUGUGUUGUAUUGCUACAAUAUUAAUAAUAGUAUUGUUUGAAAUAUGAACGAAAAUAUAACAAAUACACAUAUUUUUAUAAAGUAAGGGACAAAUAAAGUUUAGGUAUUUCACAUUUGUCUUUGUAUGUAUAUAUUAAUAUAGUUAGAAUAAUUUUCUAUAAAUAUUAUACAUGUAUAAAUAUCGAACAUAUGUAUUUAUGUAUGUACAUGUAUAUAUAUAAAUACAUAUAUGCAGAGUAACAAUGAGACAUACGCUAUAAGAUUAAAAACGAGAAAGAAAUACUGUUUAUGCCGACAAUUUAUAAUAGUCAAGUCUUUAUUAACAUUUACACAACUGUAUUUAUAUUAUUGGGUGUAGGCUGCCUUUACGUACUGUAUUUAGCGAGUGGAGAUCACAUUGUUAAUUGCUACAGAAAGAAUAAUUUGCAAUUACUCUGUUCGAGAAUUGUACAAACGAACUAGAUUUAUACAAAUCCUCAAUUCCAUCUGAUCACAUUGUCAUUUUAAGAUCUCCCAUGUCAUUAAAUUUCUACAUUGUAUAAAUAAAGCUGAAUAAACCUUUGGGGAAAUUACUGUAUACAUUUUAAUAUAAUAUAUGCAUGAUGUUUAUCCAUCUUCGUACUAUUUUUAAAAAAUUAAGAGUUUGAUGAAAGUAGGAUUAAUUUUUAACUAUGGAAACCAUUGUAUUCGCGUAAUUAUGAUGUUGAUAAAUGAAAAUAACUUUUACAAUAAAAAUGUUAUAUAAUAUAUUUCUACGUAAAAGAAGUAACAUAAGACUUUCAAUAGAACAAAAUUUGAAAUUUUCUAGGAAGUUACAAUGUUAUAGACCAAGAGCAUCGAAAAUAGUUUGAUAAUUUUGCAAUUUUCAAUUCUGGUCAGCUGAUAUUUUCUUUCUUUGGUACUAUUUUCUUUCUGUGCAAUAUAUUUUUAAANNNAGAAUAACUAAGUAGAAUAACAUAAUUAAAUAAAAAAAAUAUUUUUUCAUAGUAUUAUAACAAGGAAAACUAAAGAUAUUAUACAAAGAUUAUAAUGUAAUAGUGAUUAUAUAUUUCUCAAGAUUUUAAGGACUUCUGCAUAUCACUUUUUUACUGACUAAUAGCUAGAACUUCAACUUGUUUAAAAUCUGUCAAGUUGAACGUACUUAUGCAUAUUUCCUUUUAACUAUAAAUAGACUGUGUCUAUAAACGAAGCACAAAAAUAUAGAUAUAUAAUUUUAAAAAUAACACCAUCUUCCAUUCGACUGGCUCUAGAUAUACAUAUUAUUAUAAUCGUUUUCUUUGUCAUACGAAAAAAUCGUAUCGCUAAUAAUUAUAAGGUAAUCCAUUUUAUAAUUACCUAUAGAAAUACAACAUUUUUUUUAAUAAAAUUACAUUUUAA